UGGUCUCUAUUUCCGUAUGGGCGGCCGCGCGGCGCUGUCGUGAGUGUUCGGGCUGCCGGCUGUGAGGAUGUCAAAUGAGAAGAUCCCCUACUCAAGUCCUACUCAGGAACAAGAUUGUUUACAAAGUCAACAUGUCAGUAAUAAUGAAGAAAUGUCAGUUAAUCAAGAAAUUGGUGUUGGUGAUGUGGAUGUGGUGGAGGAAUGGCUCCGUUAUUUCCCUGACGAUGGGCCAUCCACCUCUGCAGAGUGGUAUGUGUCAGAAGCUCCAAAGAGGGGACAGGCCAUGCUACACAUCGACAGACGUCAGAUCCAAGCAGUGGAGCCCAGCGUGCAGGCCCCUGAACUGCAGGGUUUGGGUGUGGAUGUCUAUGACCAGGAAGUGCUAGAGCACUGUGUGCUUCAGCAAGUGGACAGUGCAAUCCAUGAGGCGAACCGUGUGGCCCAACUCGCCGAUGCAGAGAAGGAGUAUCGGUCAGUCCUGGAUGACCUCAUGUCGUGUACAACAUCCCUAAGGCAAAUCAGUAAAAUUAUUGAUCAACUUAGUCCUCAAGCUGCCACCAACAGAGACAUCAACAGGAAACUAGAUUCUGUAAAACGACAGAAAUAUAAUAAGGAACAACAACUAAAAAAGAUUGCUGCAAAACAAAAACGUCUCCAGGCCAUCCUCGGAGGAGCAGAGGUAAAAAUUGAAUUAGAUCGUGCCAGUCUGGAGGAGGAAGAGGAUGCAGAACCGGGGCCGUCCUGUCUUGGCAGCAUGCUCAUGCCUGUCCAGGAGACUGCCUGGGAAGAGCUCAUCCGCACUGGCCAGAUGACGCCUUUUGGUACCCAGAUCCCUCAGAAGCAGGAGAAAAAACCUAGAAAAAUAAUGCUCAAUGAAGCAUCAGGCUUUGAAAAGUAUUUGGCAGAUCAAGCAAAACUGUCUUUUGAGAGGAAGAAACAAGCUUGUCAUAAACGAGCAGCUAGAAAAACUCCAACCUCGGUUACCCCUCAGUCGAAACCAACACAAAAUGAAAACAAACCAAACAAGAAAACCCAAGUUCUUUCAAAAACAGAUAAGCGCUUGAAAAAGCACAUCAAGAAACUCCAGAAGAGGGCUCUGCAGUGCCAGGGGAAAAUGAGAUUGCCAAAGCCAAAAAAACUGUGGGAGUCAGAUGUGACACCCAAGGCAGAAGGAGACUCUGAGUCUGAGUACUUCCCCACGGAGGAGGAGGAGGAGCAGGAAGAGGAGGACGAGGCAGACUGGGCAGGGGCAGACCUGUCCAGAGACGACGCUGACUAUGAACUGAGGCCUGUGGUCAAGAAAAGGAAACAGCAGAAGAAAGUGUCAGUGCAGGAGAUUGAUGAUGACUUUUUCCCAAGUUCUGGGGAAGAAUCUGAGGCCACAGUGGGAGAAGGAGGAGGUCGGAAAGUAGCGAGGUGUCGAGAUGAUGGAGAUGAAGAUUAUUAUAAGCAGCGGUUAAGGCGGUGGAAUAAAUUGAGACUGCGAGACAAGGAGAAGCAUCUGAAAUUGGGAGAGGAUUCUGAGGAAAGUGAUGCUGAAUUUGAUGAAGGUUUUAAAGUGCCAGGUUUCCUGUUCAAAAAGCUUUUUAAGUACCAGCAGACAGGUGUUAGGUGGCUGUGGGAAUUGCACUGCCAGCAGGCAGGAGGAAUUCUGGGAGACGAAAUGGGAUUGGGCAAGACCAUCCAGAUAAUUGCCUUCUUGGCAGGUCUGAGCUACAGCAAGAUCAGGACUCGUGGUUCAAAUUACAGGUACGAGGGGUUGGGUCCAACUAUAAUUGUCUGUCCAACGACAGUGAUGCACCAGUGGGUGAAAGAAUUUCACACGUGGUGGCCCCCGUUCAGAGUGGCAAUCCUGCAUGAAACCGGUUCCUAUACUCACAAAAAGGAGAAACUAAUUCGAGAUAUUGCUCACUGUCACGGGAUUUUGAUCACUUCUUACUCCUACAUUCGACUGAUGCAGGAUGACAUUAGUAGGUAUGACUGGCACUAUGUGAUCUUGGAUGAAGGACACAAAAUUCGAAAUCCAAAUGCUGCUGUUACCCUUGCUUGCAAACAGUUCCGCACUCCUCAUCGGAUCAUCUUGUCUGGCUCACCCAUGCAAAAUAACCUCCGUGAGCUCUGGUCGCUUUUUGACUUUGUCUUCCCUGGAAAGUUAGGCACGUUGCCCGUGUUUAUGGAGCAGUUCUCUGUCCCCAUCACCAUGGGGGGGUAUGCAAAUGCUUCCCCAGUACAGGUUAAAACUGCUUAUAAGUGUGCAUGUGUCUUACGAGAUACCAUAAAUCCUUACCUACUGCGGAGAAUGAAGUCAGAUGUCAAGAUGAGCCUGUCCUUGCCGGAUAAAAAUGAACAGGUCUUAUUUUGCCGUCUUACGGAUGAGCAGCAUAAAAUCUACCAAAAUUUCGUUGAUUCCAAAGAAGUGUACGGGAUUCUCAAUGGAGAGAUGCAGAUUUUCCCUGGACUUAUAGCCCUAAGAAAAAUUUGCAACCACCCUGAUCUCUUUUCUGGAGGUACCAAGAAUCUCAAGGGUCUUCCAGAAGAUGAACUAGAAGAAGAUCAGUUUGGAUACUGGAAACGUUCUGGAAAGAUGAUUGUUGUUGAAUCUUUGUUGAAAAUAUGGCACAAGCAGGGUCAACGAGUGUUGCUGUUUUCUCAGUCAAGACAAAUGCUGGACAUACUUGAAGUAUUUCUUAGAGCCCAAAAGUAUACCUACCUCAAGAUGGAUGGUACCACUACAAUAGCUUCAAGACAACCACUGAUUACAAGAUACAAUGAGGACACUUCCAUAUUUGUGUUUCUUCUGACCACUCGGGUGGGUGGCCUCGGCGUCAACCUGACUGGGGCAAACAGAGUCAUCAUCUAUGACCCCGAUUGGAACCCAAGCACUGACACACAGGCCCGGGAGCGAGCGUGGCGAAUAGGCCAGAAGAAGCAGGUGACUGUAUACAGGCUGCUGACUGCUGGCACCAUUGAAGAAAAGAUCUACCACCGACAAAUCUUCAAGCAGUUUUUGACAAACAGAGUGCUGAAAGAUCCAAAACAGAGACGGUUUUUCAAGUCCAAUGAUCUUUAUGAGCUAUUUUCUCUGACUAGUCCGGAUACAUCCCAGAGCACUGAAACAAGUGCUAUUUUUGCAGGAACUGGUUCAGAUGUUCAGACACCCAAACGGCAUUUAAAAAGAAGAAAUCAACCAGCCUUUGGAACAGACUGUGAUGUUCCAAAAUGCGAAAAGUUCCCUCAUUCGCACACAUCUGCAAAUGAUGCUCCAUCAUCUGAAGAGAAACCUAAGAGCGUAGAAGCCGAAGUAAAUGCAGUGACUUCUAAUCAAGGAGAUCUUUUAAAAGAUGACCCUCACGUGAGCAGCAGUGUAACUAGCAGCAGUAGGCUUGGAGAAGAGGCAAACACAGUGUCUAGACCAGAGGAGUCAUCAGCGACUAGUGGAAAUGGGGAAUGUUCAGAUUCUUUAAGGAUCGGUGACAUAUCCAGGCCAUCUGGUGAAAAAAGCCUUGAUGAACAGCAGGAUCUUUCUACUAAAAGAGGAAGUAGCCAGGUUCACACAGAGCCUCUUUGUGAGAAUGAACAAAUGGAAAAUAGUUUUUAUAAGCAUAAGUCAAAAACAAAACAUCAGGGCAUGGCAGAAGAAGGGACUCUGGAGAAACAUGUGGGACAGAAGCAAAAGCCUAAGAACUCUAAGCAUCGCCGAGACGCCAGGUUUGAAGGAACUCGAAUUCCACACCUGGUGAAGAAAAGGCGGUACCAGAAGCAAGAAAAUGACAAGAGUGAGGCCAAGGAACAAAGCAACGAUGAUUAUGUUUUGGAAAAGCUUUUCAAAAAAUCAGUUGGUGUGCACAGUGUCAUGAAGCACGAUGCCAUCAUGGAUGGAGCUAGCCCAGACUACGUGCUGGUGGAAGCAGAAGCCAACCGGGUGGCCCAGGAUGCCUUGAAAGCACUGAGGCUCUCUCGUCAGCAGUGUCUGGGAGCCGUGUCUGGUGUCCCCACCUGGACUGGCCACAGGGGAAGUUCUGGCGCACCAGCAGGAAUAAAGAGUAGAUUUGGUCAGAAAAGGAAUUCUAACUUUUCUGUGCAGCGUUCUUCUUCGACAUCUCCAACGGAGAAGUACCAGAAUGGCACAAUGAAAAAGGAAGGAAAAGAUAAUGUCCUUGAGCAUUUUAGUGGAAGAACAGAAGAUGCAGAGUCUUCAUCUGGGGCUCUCACCUCAUCAUCACUCUUGGCUAGAAUGAGAGCUAGAAACCACCUGAUUCUGCCAGAGCGGUUAGAGAGUGAAGGUGGACACCUUCCAGAGGCUUCUGCCCCACUGCCCACCACAGAACAUGAUGACCUUCUGGUGGAAAUUAGAAACUUCAUCGCUUUUCAGGCCCACGUUGAUGGCCAGGCCAGCACUCGGGAGAUACUUCAGGAGUUCGAAUCCAAGCUGUCUGCAUCUCAGUCUUGUGUCUUCCGAGAACUGUUGAGAAAUCUAUGCACUUUUCAUAGAACUUCUGGUGGUGAAGGAAUCUGGAAACUCAAGCCAGAAUACUGCUGAACGUGUUGCUUCCUAAACUUUCAGUUCACUUUUUCUAAUGGAAAUUUCUGAUUAUUAAUCUGAUUAAUAAUCAUGUGUUUGUUGACUGAAUUUGGCUGCACUUGAUACUUUACAUGAUAACUACCUCAAAAUUAAAACUUUAAGGAAGAAGAAA